ACAAAAUGGCGGAUAGGGAGGAGGAGGGUGUUUUCAGGACGCCCGAGAAGAAGGAGGGGUCUGCCGAGAGGAGAAACAGACCUCCCAGACCACCUGCAUCAGUGGGCUCAUCCCUCAACCACAACCAGGGGUCAGCACACCACGACUGCACACACGAGGCCAGAGGCGGCACAUACCGACACACCGCACCACAGAAAAUCCAUAUUUGUUGCGUGUGGUCCAUCGGAUCACUGUUUGCAGACACCGAGGGCUUCUACCGUUCUCUUAUCACCUUCCCAAGGCUGCCAAGGCCAAACAGGACUCGAGCAAGCCCCCCGGCCGUCCGCUGUCCCCUCCGCGUGUUGCAUCUUCGUCUCGUUCAGACAGCCAUGCCCCGCUGCUGGCCAAACAGCUGGCUGAGGGGGGGCAGGAAACAGUGGGCCGUGUGUCGCUGCUGACGUUCCGCUAUGAGGGGCUGGCGCGUCAGUGUCAGUCGGCCAUCAUCUCCCACGGCAGCUCGUUUUCGCAUCACGGGCUGGGGCGGGAUGGCAUGGUGACGAGUGCCAGUGGGAUCGUCAUGUCGGGCGUGGGGGUCAAUGCCACGCUUGACGGAUUAGUGGGUGCUGACGGGGAGCAGGCCAAUCAGCCAAGAGACCCCGCGGCACACGAAGGUCAGUCAGACGGUCACAAGGGCACGACGCGAUGCGGUCUGACACCAAUGUGUACAUAUGCCUUUGUGUGGUGUGUGGUGUGUGGUGUGGGUACGCCCUCAGAUGGUUCAGAGAUGCCUAAUGUGUUGAGUGUGGAGCCGCCCCGUCCCAUCAGCGACCCCACAUCCAAGCUCAAACCCAAGACAGACCGCCCCCCGCUGCCCAAGAAGCGGCCCAUCGACCACACAGAUGACCACCCCGCCCCCCUCACACCCAACAUCAACCCCGCCAGCGAGCGAGACGACGCGCCGUCGUCCGUCGACUCCCCGCUGUGGGAGUUCCUCAAACAGCAGCGCAAAAUCGGCGGCGGCGGCGGUGGUGGUGGUGGAGAUCUGAGUGGCCGCUCCAGCAAGCCUGCUGCGGCGAUGUCGUUCGCUUCGAUGGAUGGCGGCACUGCUGCCGCUGCUGCGGCUGCCCCCAAAUCUGUGGCUGAUGUGGGCGUCGGCGUGGGUGUGGGCGUGUUGUCGCCAGCGACCAGCAGUGGCAUCUACCAGACCCCCCUGGACAUCCCCCGCGCCAGCCGAGACAGCCGUCUGCCCCCACCCGCUGCUGCAGUUGCCGUGAGUGCAGCUUCCCAGACGGUGCAGGACUGCCAGCACACCGCUACCAACACUGACAGUGCCGUCGUCGCCAACGCGGGCGUGCAGAGCCGUCCCGCCAUGCAGGACUCACACACGAGCCCCGUGGCAGCUCGGCUCACCCGAUCUCAGGGCGGCGUCAACCUCCGCAGCCCACCAGCACCCACACCCGUGGUCGUCUCGUCCACACAGACCGACUUCCACAACGAGCCACUGCCGCCGGUGCGUUCUCACCAGGUGGUUCGCAAUGAGGUGGAGAGCCAGACAGUGGAGAGAGCGGCGAGCGUGCUGCGACCCAUGACGGCUGAGCUGGCCACCAACACCGACCGAGUGGGCCGCGCUGAGGCGGCGGUGCAGGGUGGCGGCAACGCUGCCUUGGUGGAGAGCAGGGGUGUGGGUGGUGGACGAGCCAUGGUGCGGAUGGAGGAGGCCGGCACCGGGCGUGAGGGGGUGCUGAUGGUGGAGAGGGGCGUAGGAGGGGGCCGACGGGCGGGGGGAGUGGGUCCCGGGGUGGACUGUGGUGUGGGUGACAACGAUGUCUAUGGGGGUGGUGAGAAGAGGGCCGACGCCGACAGUCAAGCGGCGUCCAAGCUCGUGACCAAGAACACCCAGACGACUGCUGUCAGCGCCUUGCUCAGAGAGGAGGGCAGACACAUGGAGACCCAGACCACCAGCACCAUCGCACACGCCGCCCACAAGAGGGAGCAGACGGCCAAGGAGACGCAGACGAGCCCCCCCGAGAUGAUCAACAAGAAGCUGCAGGUCAACACCAAGCGGCUCGAGCUUCCUCUCGGCGUGAAGAGCGUCCUUUCAGGACCAGACGCCUCCUUCAAAGUCCGCACCGUCGAGACACAAACCCCUCCUGCCGGCCCUCUGCUCACCAACCCCACCCCCACACCCAUCCGCAUGCCGCAAUCAGUCCCCGCAAUCGCCCCAUUCCGCUCCUUCAAGCCGGGCGCCACCCAAUCGUAUGCGUCGCCUGUAGCCGCCAUCCAUCACGGCUCACUGCACGGCGAUGCCGAGCCCACAGCCCUCACCACACCGCAGAAUCUCCCCAAGCCAUCGAAUCUGGCCGACGGAGGAGCGCCCAAGCGCCCCAAGCCGCCACCAAGUGGCGGUGGGAAGGCCAAGGUGGUGCCGGGCGUGGUGGGUGUGGGUGUGGGUGCUAGUGGCGGUGUUGGUGUUGUUCGCGGGGCGACUUCGUCAGGGGUUGGUAACCGUCAUGCGAUAGACACGGGCGAUAAUGGGCUUAGUCAUGGCCAGGGCCAGGGGCAGCACCCAAUACCGUUUCAGCUGAGCCGGGAUGGAGUGGAGAGCAAGGUCAGCACACAGAGCCAAUACACACACAUAUGGACGCAGAGAGAAAGCUCAAUGAUCUUGUGGUUGUCUGGUGGUGGGUAUUUAUCAGGGCGGCUCUCCCCAUGUUGUCGGGAUAUCGCUCGCUGGCGGCGCUGCAGGUGCAGGUGGUGGUGGUGGUAGUGGUGCUGUGUCGUCACGCAAUCGGGCCCUCUCUGCCGAUGUCAAUCAAGAUGCCCUCGUGUCGCCCGACGCAAACAGUGUCCGAACGGUAUGCACAGAGACAUCACAACCAAACAGGGGCCAGGCAGGCCAUUGGUGCAUUGGUGUCCGUGUGCGUGCGUGUCCAUGUGUAUGUCUCAGGCGAUCCACCGUGAGAGCAACACGUCCACCCGCACUGUGAUCCGCCGCAAAGAGCUGACCGACAAGCCCCCCACACCCCAGCUGGCAGACAAGACCCCCACAGCCCCCAGACACCCCCACCACCACCAGCAGCAGCAGCAGCAGCAGCUCAGCCCCCUGCCAGCACUCACCGACUCCCCAUUCCUCCCCCACUCGCUCAUCAACAACCGAUCAGCAUCGGCAGCGGCCGCGGGAUCCGGUGGCCAUCCAGAGGACAGCAGUGGUCGUUCGAGCAACAUGGCCCCGUCAUCCUACGACCCCCCUGGCGACAGCAAUGAGAGCAGCGGCAGCAGGCUGGGGGCGGGCAGGCUGAGGUCGCUGGCAGAGGUGACCGACAACGAGAGCGACCACCGGCAGCCAGCUGGGACGCCACUCGGACACGACACACAGCGGGGAACGCCGAACGCACCCAUGUUUGUGCGGCGGCUGAAUAAGGCCGGGGGCGGUAUCGAUGCUGGUGGUGCUGUAGAGAGGGCUGAUGGGGUGGCGAGAAGGGGUCUUGGUGGUGGUGGUGCUGGUGUUGGGGGUGGCGUGAGAGAUAGUGGGAGGGAGUUAGUAGAGGUGUGGACUGAGGAGAAAUACGCUGACCUCGUCAUGCGGUCCGCGCAGCAGGUCGGUUCAGAAUGGGGGUUACGAAAGGGAGACACAGGAGAGCUACAAGUGUAAGUGUGUGUGCGUGUGCGCGUGUGUGCGUCUUAGGCUGAGGAUGCCAAGAAGAUGGUUUUGCAGAUGGAGGAUCGGUCAACACACACACACACACACAUCCUCCCACACAUGCACUCUUCAUCUGCAUUCCCUGUUGCUGUGUGUGUGGUGGUCGAGCAGGUUGAUGCGUCGCUGCCGUGACAUUCCGUCCAUCGAGAACCCCCCGGCCGUUCCCCGACUCGACACGUUCCCACCACUAUUCAACAUCAACCUGCAAAACGGUACACACACACACACACACACGUGCCCACCUUCACACCGCCCAUUGGCAUAUUCCCUUGAGCAUGUGUGCAGCUGUGACCACCUUCAUGGACUCCACCAGCAACAGCGAGGGGGGCGGUGGUCGUGAUGGGGCGGCAUCAGGUGCUGUUGCUGCUGCUGCCACGGGGGCCGCACCCCAGUCGGCGAUCGUGCCGUCGGUGAGUCCUCCGCCGCCAUCUCGCCCACCAGGUCCACCCAUCGUACCGCAAUAUGCUAUAAACCAACAGCAGCAGCAGCAGCAACAGCAACAGCAACAGCAACAGCAGCAGUCAAGAGGUCAGCCAGCACACAGGGGAAGUCGCUGCAUCGGACACAUCUCUGUAUGUCCUUCCCCCCUGGCUCGUGUGUGCAGUUGAUUUGGUGUCUGCGUUGGAGGAAGGCAUCCUCACCUGGUCACGAUCGCCGCAGCCGCCGCGGCCACACCCACAUCAACCAUACCCAAGUGACACACAUCGAUAUGUCGACCGGCAUCCCUUCACCCACACCCACUCCCACCCGCAGCAGCACCAGCAGCAGUACCAGCAGCAGCACCAGCAGCAGCAGCGGCUGAACCAGCAUGUGUAUCAGCAGGGGAUAUACGCGGGGGGCCCUCCCCGGCUGCCAUCAGUGGAGGAGUUGGCGCCCGACCAUCGCCGCAUGGAGGCCAAUGUCAACAUCACCAGCUCGCCUGACGUCUACCCACACAGCGGACCGGGGUCCCCACACCCAGACGACGACAUAGAUGGGUGGGGGAGGGAGCUGGGGAGAAAGCCCACACACAUAGAUAUCUGUCUGUCUGUCUCCAUCUGUCCCUCUGUGUGUGAUGUUUGUUGUGUGUGUGUGUGUCAGAUAUGGCGUCAAUGUGAAUGUGACUGACCACGUGGUGUCGUCCCUGCCCCUCCCCUACACCUUCCACCCCGACCCGCCCCCACCACCCAAAGUGGACCGCAACCGAGCUCACCUCCGACACAAUAUGCAGCCGCCCCCGCCAGUCCCGUUUGCACACCAGGCGGCAGCCAUGCACAUGCAUCAGCAGCAACAGUACCACCACCAGCACCAGCAGCAGCGGGAGCAGCGCGGAAGCAUCGAGCACUUUGGUGGGCCGUUGAUCAGCCCGGUGCGGUACGAUGCUGGCGCGGGGAUGGGUGUGGGUAUGGGUGUGUGUAUGGGUGGGUCGUCGGCAGCUGCCGCCGCAGUGGAUCACGAGACGUAUCGUGUGGUGGGUAUGAGCAGUGAGGGCGGGAGGGGUGGCGUCAUGAGCCCCAGCAACGACCAGCAGCUGGCCGCCAUGUCAUUCGCAUCCAACUACGUACCAAGUAUGGGGGCGAAAAGGAGACAUCCACAAUAUGCACACAACACUCACACCAAACCCAUCCUCUGUGUGCUGUAUCGUUCUGUCAGCCCCGCCAGCGCAUGUAGCGAUAGACAUCCAUCCGCCAGAGGUGUCGCGGCCCCACCCCACCCUCCCACCGCCAUUCGACCAGGGGGUGGCCCCGUAUGCACAGUACAGCCGGGGGAAUGGGCAGGGGCAGCGGCCGAAGGGGCGGGCCGACGAGGGCGGCUUGCACUGACUGACCAAGGUAGCGUAGCAGAGAGAGAUGCAGUGCAUGGAUGGAUGGAUGGAUGUGGGUGGAUGGACGACCGGCAUUUUCUGAAUGGAUGGAUGGACAAGGGUAGAGAGGUCGGAUUGGAUGCU